AUGGCUUCUACUUCUGCAAAUAACGCUGGGUACGAAGCCCAGGAUCGGCUUACACAUGAUUCUCAAGGAGACGCAAAUAGUAACUCUACUUCUUCUACACCCUCACUAACUGUUAGUAGUCAAUCACUGAACCCUAGAAAUGCGUUUGAAGGUCUUGCACCAUCUACAUCUACUUCUGGUAGAUCCAUUAUGCCUGUGAAAAAAGUGCCUUAUGAUAUAUUUAUUAAUCAUCGCGGCCCUGAUGUGAAAAAGGGAGUCGCCACCAAUCUUUAUAAUACCCUCAAUGGCAUCGGAGUGAGGGUUUUUCUUGACGAAAAAGAGCUUGAAUUGGGGGAUUCCUUUCCUCAUGAAGUUGAAGAAGCAAUGAGUAGUUCUUCGCUUCAUCUUGCCAUAUUUUCUGAGAAUUAUGCACAGUCCCCGUGGUGUUUGGCAGAGCUUUCAUUUAUGCUCGAAACUGGAACCCAAAUUGUUCCUAUUUUCUACCACAUUCAGCCUGAAGUUGUUCGAUAUGCAAAAGGAGUCUACGCUGAGGCAUUUUCCCGGCACGAAAAGAAGGGUAGACACACUCCAGAAAAAAUCGAGGAUGAUGAGACGAAAUUGCUGAAGAAUAUUGCUAAUUAUGCUGUCAAAAUAAUUAAAAAUGUGCCGUUCGUGGUUGCCAAACAUCCAGUCGGUCUAGAUGAAUCUGUACAAGAUUUUGAAAUGACAACACUUCAACAUGAUGAAAGCCAUCCAACCGUGCAAAUUGUGGGAAUAUGUGGUAUGGGUGGUGCGGGUAAAACCACUCUUGCUAAAGAAUUAUACAACAAUAAAUAUAAAAUAAUGGAAAUGUGUAGAUUUCUAUUUGAUAUCAGAGAUGCGGCUCACAAAAGUGUUUUACAUAUCAAGCAGAAAAAACUUCUGGAGAAUCUUGGUUUCAAAGGUGAAAAUGUUGAGAAUGUAGAAGAAGGGAAGGUUAUCCUUGCCAGACAUUUGAGAUCUGUUCGGAUGCUCCUUGUUCUUGAUGAUGUGGACACUGUGGAACAACUGGAUGCCCUUGUGCCUGAGAAAGACAAUCUUCGACAGGGUAGUUUGAUUGUUGUUACUUCACGGCAUUUUGAUGUUCUUACGGGUUGGGAUGGAUUUGCAGAACUUGCUAAAAAAUUUAUAGAUGCCUGCAGUGGGUUGCCAUUAUCUCUUAAAGUUUUUGGUGGACAAUUAUAUGGCAAAUCUGAACAAUAUUAUUGGGAGAGUCAAUUAGAAAAGAUCGUCAGAAUACUACCCGAUGAUAUUAUAAAUAGGUUAAAAGUAAGUUAUGAUGCGUUGGAUAGCGAAGAGAAGGAGGCAUUCUUGGAUGCAGCUUGUUUUUUUUAUUGGAGAGCAUAG